CAUAGAUGAAAGAAAGUCCCGAGGACAAAGAAACAAUUAAAUUUGUACGCAAACCUAUCAAAUGUUUUAACCAAAACCUGCUAAAACUUGUUCAAGACACUGGUGAAUUUCCGAGAGAAUUUAAUCUAUCUCAGCGUCUAGCCUUCCACAUGAAGUGCAUUCAAAAGUAUUUGACUACUGACUGUUUAAUUGAGCUUAAAUUCUGAAUUUGAAUGGUAUUGAAUUCGCGGGAAUUAUAAAUAAUUAGCGGGAAAAAUAAAUAAUGCCCUUUAACAUAUCCCAAAACGAUGGCAUCAUGAUAAACCAAAACAAACAACAGUUACAGCUGAGCACAAAUAAGUCGAGGCUACCAAAUUGAAAGCAUUGCCAUAUAAAAAGCAUUUCAAUCUAUGAGAAAUCCUUAUCACUGGACAAUGGAUGGACAAGUGUUACACAGCGUUAAGCGUGAAAUACCACAGUUUAUUCAAAACUACAUUGCAUCUGCCGAAUGUCUCAUUGACGCCUAUAAGAGGAAAACAUGUUUAGUUUUAACCAAAAAUUUGAAAUUGUUUGAGUUUCAUCAAAAACAAUUAAUGGCCAGUAUAGAUCUAACAAAGACAUGCUUGAAUAGCGUAAAGAAAGAACUUGGCGACAAUGGCUACUCUUCUCAGUAUCCUACGGCAUCGGAUUCUUCCUCCACGGAUUACACGAAAGUUUGCAUUGGUAAAUAUGUCCGUCAUUCCAUCACACUUAUCAAAGUAUAUAUCAUAGUUCGAUGUUGGGAUAAAUGCAUAAUCUUGUUGCGAUUGCCCAACUUCAAGGGAUUUGAAGUGAAAGCAGAAUACAAAGAUAUUCAAGACUUUCGAAUUACGCAUGGUCAUAUUAAAUUUUGUCCCGUAUUACAGUUGGAGUUCAAAGAUGGCACAAUUAAAAGUACAGACUUUGAAGAGGACAGUGAUGCGCAAACAGACAUCUCAGACUUCGUGGAUAAGAAAGCCGAGUUUAAACUUCUACUGGAGAGAGUCCGGAGUGCCAAAACAGAAUUGAAACUUCAUGAGACUAUUACAGGACAUUCAUUUGAACGUUUGCAGAACAAGUUAACCUAUGGCUUACCUUACACAAGAAGCCUUAAGUUAGAAGAGAAGCAAAUGCUAGCUCGAUGUGGCGAUGUGUGGAAACGACUUACUCCUCAAAACGAGUUGGUUAUUGGUGUGCCAUUAGUCAAUCAAUGUGCAUCUCCAAAUCUAACAGUAUUGCAAAAUAUUCAGCCAACUUUACAAGUGGGUUCGUCGUCGACGUCAUCUGUGGUCAUUCAAUAUCGUUUAUUUCAGUUAAAACAAUUAUUUAAUCAAUUAGAUUCUGUAGACACAUUUUUACAAUCUGAGGAUGAACAAAUGCAGGCAAACGUAUGGAGUUCUGACUGUAAAUGCAAGCUUCUACCAGAGUCCUAUGUUAUUUUUGUAAUGAAAAUUAAGCUGUCUGACAUAAUAUCUCUCAGUGAUGCUCCUCUAUUGUUGCACUAUGAAGUCCUAAAAGAUUGUUACUCGACAAAAACCACAACUCAGCUGCAAAUAUAUUUGGAAACAAUUGACUUUGACAAAAUUUUGUUCAAACAACGCCCAAUGUAUGAAUUGUAUUUUCAGCCGCCUACAUUACAUCAGGAUUUUCUAUCAAUUGCAAUAUCAUCGCAUGAAACAAAUCUAAACAUUACUUUCGAACAACCCAAGGAUUUGGAGAUUUUUGAAAAGUGUUUGCAGCAAAAGUUUGACUUUCAGAAGUUACCUUCAUUUGCGGAAGAAACCUUAAAUCACAGCGUAUACUACAACAAUUUCAGAAACUCAUUAUGGUUCGGCUGUCUAUGUUUACGUUAUGCUGAGAUUGAAGAGAAUGAGCAUGACAAUUUAAUAACAUCUUGGAAGUUGUAUUGUCCGGAUAAAGAUAAAAUUUUAUUGUUUCUAAAAAUGCUUUUCCAUGAUUUGCUAACACUGCAAAGCAAUCUAGUUUCAAUAGAGAAUGGUAAUAAAAACAUGUCCCAACAUGCUAUUGUUGUCGCCGAAUUCGAAAAUGCUCUAAGGGAAGAACUUUACAAUUUUAAACAAUUCCUCAGCGAAGCGAAAAUUGUCGACAAAUUCUCAAACAGUUUUAUCAACGUUGGUAAGGCUCAAAGAAAAUCGGAUUAUUUGUACCAAAAUCUGAAACAUAAGGAAACCUCAAUAAAUGUUGAAUAAAUAAAAUUACAAAACAGUUGUGCGCUGCAUUUUUGAAUAGA